UAUGGGGACUCAUCCACUCUCUUCUCUCCACUGCUGAGUUGAGGGACUUCAAGCUGUACUUUUAUAGUUUGAACUCACUUUGCAGCAAUGAGCUAGGCUGAGGACAAAAGAGGAGAGGUGUGGGGGAGGAGAGAGAAAGGGGGCAUUUUAAAAGCAGCUGAAAAAGUGGGAAGACAGAAGAAUAAUUGGGACUCCCUCCCCAAUCAGGACAUUAGUAAAGCAGGAGUAAGGGAUGCUGUUCCUGUCCCCCGUCUAUAAGGCUAUCUUUGUGGAAAUAUUUUCCCUAAAAGCAGGCUCCCUGGUCUCAGACGUGAAGGAAUUAGAAGAGAGGACUUGGGCCAGAAUUACUUAUCUGAGGGAAUUGAAUACAUCUGUUGAACAUGGCUAGUGGAAUAGUAGUGCACAUUCCCUUUGAUGGUGACAACGCAUAUCAAGCAGGCCAGGGAUUUCCUGGUACAGGUACAGGUGUACAACAACUAGGGCAGCAGUUUGGAAGCCCCGGCAACCCACCUGAGCAGAAUCCUCCACUGGGACCUCUAGAGAAACUCGCCAAAGUAGAGCUCAAGACUUUGGGGGCUGUCCAGAUUAUGAUUGGAUUACUAAAUAUUGGAUUAGUGACUAUUCUUUUUGACUGGCUCGUGUUAUGUGGAGGACUUUUUUUUAUUGUUUCCGGAUCGCUAUCUGUGGCAGUUGAGAAACGUCUGACACGUGGAUUGGUACGAUGCAGUGUGGGAAUGAACUUGACGAGCGCUAUAAUAUCAUUGAUUGGCAUCAUUCUCUAUAUAAUAGGUUUGGCUGUAGUUAAUCACUAUCUGAGUAGUGAUCCAGAUUACUCUCAUCACAAUGACAUGAUAAUGAUUCAGUAUGUAACAACUAGAAUCUAUUUCCUGCUCCUCGUGUUCAACUUAUUAGAAUUCUGCAUCACUGUUUCUGCAGCACACUUUGGGUGCCAGGCAACUUGCUGUAAGAGUGACCCGGAGUCUGUGGCUUAUGUGCCAUGCACUGUCAGUGGGGAUGCAGUGAUGAUUCCUGAAAUCUAUCCUUCUGCUCCUCCAGCUUAUGAUGUUCCGGAGCCUUCUUUUAAGGGGAAUGAAGAAUAGAUGGAAGAAAUUAUGAGAGUCAUUACACUGCAAUGUCUGCCAUCCAGGCACCUCAGGAGUAAAAUAUGAAGCAUUUCCUUUUUCAGAUUUUGCAAAAUGUAUUACAUCUACUCAGACUAUCUAAUCUAAUGUAAAUCUAUAUCUAUCUAUAUAUAUAAUAAAAGUCAGUGUUUGUUUGUGCCAGCAUUUUGAUUGGUCGGGCGGUGUAUGUGCCAGCUUUCUGAUUGGCCAGCUAGAAUAUGGGUCAGCUUUCUGAUUGGCCGCCACUUUCACAGGCCACUGGGACCCCUGAGGCAAAAACUACCACAAACAGGCUUCGGCCUACUCUCUCUCUCCUCAGAACAAUGCUAGCUUUGGUACCCCAACAUGGCCAACUAUGCAUACUGAUAAUAAAAAACAUUGGGUGCUAGGAAUUACAGUUCACUCACACAUUCACAGCAUUCUGAAUCCAACUAAUGAUGGAAAAAGGGAAAGCACUCAGUAGUCAGCCAUUCAAAAAUGCCUGACCAUCAUAAUUUUCCUAACCAGCCAUUCAGAAAAGCCAAAGGCAGCACCAUGCCAAAGAAAAUAGAAGAGCUCAGUUCUUUGAGAUCCCUUCUACGCCGCCCUAUAUUUUAGGAUAUGACCCAGAUUAUCUGCUUUAAGCUGGAUUAUAUGGGUCUCCACUGCCAGAAAAUCUGGAAUAAACAUAAUCUAAGAUCAGAUCCUGGGAUAUGGGACAGUAUAGAUGGAGCCUUAGGCCCAUUCUACACUGCCCUAUAUUUCAGAUUAUCAAAGAAAAUAAUCCACAUUAUCUGCUUUGAACUGGAUUAUAUGUGUUUACACUGCCAUAUAAUCCAGUUCAAAGCAGAUAAUCUGGAUUUUAUAGAGCAGUGUAGAAGGGGCCCAAGUCUCUCCAGGGCCAAGUAAGCCUUUCAGAAGGGGGUGCUCAUUUUUAAAUAGAAUACAGUAGUCAUAUUCAACUAGGUUUUGGGGGUAACUUUUUUGACUAAAAUUUCUAGAUUGGUACAUAAGUAUAUAGGGCAAUAUUUUUAUUUCAAAAACAUCAGGUGAAAAUGACACAGGUUAUCCAUCUGGGUUCAGAAGCCCCUCAGGCACCAUCACCAAUUAAACAAGAAAGGACCUUCCAAAGAGUACUCAUUUUUGGGUGCAGUAAUUGGGAUCCCAGUCUGGAACCUAGAAACAGUUAGCAAAUGUAUAGGCAUUAGGCAACAUUCAGCAGUGUUCUCUGGUUUUUCAAGGAUGUGGACUAUGGUGGUCCAAACAUCACUAACUGAAAGCCUUUUAACCAUUUUAAAUUAUCUCUUCCUUCAUUUUUCCAGCUGAAAUAUGUUUAAACACAAGCAGUAUUGAAAAAAAAUACAAGUCAAAAGAGACACCUUAAAAGAUAUCUCACUCUCUUUUUCUUCCUCAUGUAAAAAGGGUGUCACUUCAGUGAAAAGGCCAAUUGUCACAUAAUAUAAAGAAAACAUAUACUGUCCCCCCUCAUUAGAAUGACUGUACUAUUAAUAUGAAUACAUUAUCACUGAUUGACUGUUGAAAUACAUAUUAGCUGUGUAUUUUAUUUAGAAAGGACAUGUCUAUAAAUAAGAAUAGUUAAGAAGUCAAAAUUGCAUAUGGUCCAUUGUUGCUUUCAUAGCAAAUUCUGUAAGCAAAUUACUCCAAAAUGUUAGAAGCUGCAAUGUAUUAGAAUUUUGUCAUCAGUUUACAUGGUUAAUGUUGAUGUAAAAAAUAAUAUACAUGGUUGAAUAUCAUCUCAAUAUGUUGGAAUUAUGUAUGUAUACAUCAUCUCCAAUUUUUUAAUAAACUUGUCUGCUAAUAAUCUUUAAAUAA